UGUUUAUACUGGGCUUCGAAAGUGUUGUUGUAUAGCAUGUCAAUGGAGGUUUUUCAAGUAAAAGCAUGGCUUUUGCUGUUAUGUGGUUGUCUACUAUUUGCAGGUUAUACAAUAGAUGCUGCAUCUUAUGACUACUCGGCAACCAUUGAGUGUUUAAAAAAACCUUUGAGACCGCAAUAUAAUGGAGGGAUUAUUGUUAAUCCGGAGUUCAGCCAUGGUUUGGCUGGAUGGUCUUCAUUUGGUAGUAGUGCCAUAAUGCACAAAAAGUCUACGGGUGGAAACGGCUUCAUCGUCGCUCACAGUAGAAAUCAAUCUCAUGAUACUCUCUCACAGAAGCUUUAUCUAGAAAAGAGGAAGCUCUACACAUUUUCUGCUUGGAUACAAGUGAGUGAAGGAGAAGAGACGGUAGAGGCAGUUUUCAAAACAACCGACGGAUUUACACAUGCGGGUUCCACUAUCGCCCAAUCUGGUUGCUGGUCCAUGCUGAAAGGUGGCCUUACUGUUGAUUCAUCUGGUUAUGCCGAGCUCUACUUUCAGAGCAACAACACAAAAGUGGACGUAUGGGUAGAUAGUGUCUCCUUACAACCAUUUACAGAAGAAGAAUGGAGAUCUCACCAAGUUGAAAGUAUUGCCAAGGCACGUAUGAGGGAGGUAAAAGUUCAUGUAACCAAUUCAAAGGGUGAAAUUCUUGACGGGGCAGAGAUCCACUUCAGGCCUAGGCGUAACAAACCAAGCUUCCCGAUUGGAUCAGCUAUACAGAAGGAUAUCCUAACAAACAGAGCCUAUCAAAGCUGGUUCACAUCUAGGUUCACAGUGACAGUUUUUGAGAAUGAGCUGAAGUGGUAUGCCACUGAAAACAUGCGUGGAAAAGAGGACUACUCUGUCGCAGAUGCCAUGUUAGAGUUUGCAAGACAAAAUGGAAUACCUGUUCGAGGUCACACAAUCUUAUGGGAUGACGCGAAGUACCAACCCUGGUGGGUAAAAUCACUUUCACCUGCAGACCUCAAAGUUGCAGCAGAUAAGAGGGUUCAAUCUGUUGUCUCGAGAUACUCAGGGAAAUUUAUAGGUUGGGAUGUUAUUAAUGAAAACUUACACUUUUCAUACUUCGAAAGUAUGCUUGGGGCAAAUGCUUCACAAGUUUAUUUCCAGAAAGCACACCAUCUUGACAGAAGAACGCCCAUGUUCUUGAAUGACUACAAUACAAUAGAGCGGAGUGGUGAUUCGAAGGCGUCACCUGCUGAAUAUCUUCGUAAACUUAAAGAGAUUAGAACCUUUAAAUGGAAUAAUGUCCCAACAGGGAUAGGACUAGAGGGUCAUUUUGAUGCACCUAAUAUUCCUUACAUGAGAGCAGCAAUUGAUACUCUUGCUGCAGCACGAGUCUCCAUAUGGCUCACAGAAGUCGAUGUACGAGACGGCCCAAAUCAGGCACAGUACUUGGAGCAGGUCCUGAGGGAAGCGCAUGCUCACCCUGCGGUGCAUGGGAUUCUCAUGUGGGCUGCUAGGGGUCCAAAUGGAUGCUGGAGAAUGUGUUUGACAGAUGGGAAUUUCAACAACCUUCCAACAGGUGAUGUAGUGGACAAGCUGCUUAAUGAGUGGAAACCUAAGAGCUCAAAGGGGAAAGUUGAUGUGAACGGUAACUUCAAGACUUCGCUUUUCCACGGGGACUAUGAUGUAACGAUUAGUCACCCAUUUAUGAAUUCCACAUUGACUCAGAGCUUCAAAGUAACAGCGCCAGAAACGUCAGCACCACAAACCCUGGAGGAAACAACAACAAUACUCAAUGUACAAGUUGAUGUAUGACAAACUUUCAUACUGUUCCAAUUUUGGUUGUACCACUUAACUAUUGUUUUCAGCACCAUUUGUCUGGUGAAUAAACUUCUUCAAAUUU